UCGUUCAAAGGCCGGAGCAUCUCGGCGCCGGCAGGGCCCUGGACGACUCGAGGCUCAGGCAACAAUGGCACAUGCUACGUGGCCGUGUGCGAUCCGUACAUCAUCCAGCGGGCGGCUGAGAUGCUGUUGAGCACUAGGUAGAACAGUCGUGACCCCGGUGCCUUGACCCAACCCACAGGGGGCUCCUCCUCCGCCUCUCGUCUCGGCUCCCCUCUUCCCAGAUCCCUCCAAACCCAACGCGAUUCCUCCGAGCCGGCGCCGCCGUCUCAGUCGCGUCGCCGCGGCGACGUCCCCCGCGCACCUGUAGCGACGCUCGCGUUCCGGCAAAAAAGAGAAGAGAGUUGGAAAUGGAGAUCCAGUCGUCCGGCCGGCCCGUCGACGUGCUGAUGGAGAAGGUGCUGUCCGUGAACAUCCUCUCCUCGGACUACUUCAAGGAGCUCUACAGGUUCAAGACCUACCACGAGGUCGUCGACGAGAUCUACCACCAGGUGGACCACGUCGAGCCCUGGAUGACCGGCAACUGCCGCGGUCCCUCCAGCGCCUUCUGCCUCCUCUACAAGUUCUUCACCAUGAAGCUCACCGUCAACCAGAUGCACGGGCUGCUCAAGCACCCGGACUCUCCUUACAUCAGAGCUAUUGGAUUUCUGUACCUGCGAUAUGUUGCAGAACCAAAGACAUUAUGGACUUGGUAUGAACCCUACAUUAAAGAUGAUGAGGAGUUCUCCCCUGGAUCCAAUGGUAAAAUGACUACAAUGGGUGUUUACGUGCGUGAUCUCCUCCUUGGUCAGUACUAUUUCGACAGUAUUCUUCCACGAGUGCCUCUCCCAAUUCUGCGACAGGUCACUGGCCAUCUUGAGAAGUUGAAGCUCCCAACAAAGCAGUCAGGGAUGACAGGAGAUUCUAAUAGGCAUGAGUCAAAUGAUACUGCCCGAAGGCCUCCUUCCGUAAAAGCUUCUUUGUCUGUCUCUUUCGGUCAGCGUGCUCCACACCGUGCAUCCACAAGGGACUCGUCCCCAGUCCGAAGGACAUUACCUUCCAAACAGGAAAGGGAAAGAAGUUACGAUGGUGAUCAUGCUAGAUCAUCACCAAGGAAGCGCCGAAGUCGGAGUCGUGAGCGUGGUCAUGAUUCUGAUAGGGACCGUUCAGAUCGUGACCGUGGCAGGUACAAGGAUAGGGAUCAUGAUCGACACACUCGUGAUCACAGAGACCAGGAUCAGCGUCGGUCCAGCUAUUCAGAUAGGGAUGGUGAGAGGCGAGGCCGUGAAAGGAGGGACAGGGAUUCUGAUAGAAAUGGACGCUCAAGCACCCGCAGAAGCAGGAGCAGGAGCAGGAGUCCAGUCCGUGGCAGAACUGAUAGUGAUAAACCUCGCUCUAGCCCAUUUGGUAAGGCACCAGAGCCAUCCAACUUGGCAAAGCUGAAGGAUUUAUAUGGUGAUGCAACAAAUACAAAGAAUGAUGCGGAUGAUGAUAGAGCUCACAGGGGUUCUGGAACCGAAGAGGUAAUCAGACUGGGAGGCGCUAGGUGGAGGUGAAUGUCAAAAGAAACACCUCGAGAUGCAUCUAAACCCCAUGCAUUCUUGUUCAAAAAAAUCAGUAUACAGUGUCGCAGAUGACGCAAGAAAUGAUGGGAUUCUUCCCCUUGAACUGCCAUUCCAGUGGAGAGAUAUUUAGAGGGCGAAGUGUUCAGUUACUAAAAUUAAAGUGAGCUGCCGUGUCGGUUUUCUAAUGCAUCCGAUGGAAUGCAUGUUAACCUGCUUAAAGAAUAAACGAUUGACUGGAUGGUCUAGUUUAGUAUCUGUAACAUGUUAAACUGCAUGAUUUCAAAUAUUUACUUCUAAGUGUUUUCCCCUC